UGAAGAAAAGAAAGAAGAAAAAAGUUGAAAAGGGCGGCGGGGGAGCGAGGAAUAUAUAGGUUUGUGUGGAGGCGGUGAGAGAUGGCUAGUGGCAAGCGAGGAUUGGUGGACCAAUGAGAGUGAUGGGCGGGCGAAGGUGCUGUGUGCCUGAGUUUCAUGGCAGGGAAAUAGGUGUGCCACGUGAUGGGUAUCACGUGCCUCCGCGAAGUUUUGGGCGGCCGGAGAUGGAUGGGAACCAGGCCGAAGCAGCGAGACUGACCAGAAGACAUCUGCUAGCAGGCCACUCCUGCCCCAUUUCGCCAUCAUGAGGAACAGGGCUACGCAGUAUUUGAGCAAGCCGAAAGUCCGACAAUCAUGGAGCAAGUGGAACUUGUAUAACCUGUCGCGGGCCAGGAUCAAGAGCCCCAUGCAUCGGACCCAUUUCCAGCAGAAAUGGGAUGCCAAGUCUGCAACUCGUGCCUACCAUGGCGAGCAAGUCUCCGAGAAGCAGUGGGCGCGCAUGUUUUCUCCCCGCCUUCGCAGCGUGGUGCCUAUGAAUCCCGUCAUCAUGGCAAGAGACGAUGGUUCUAAGUGGUCUGCCGGGCGUGGUCAGGGUCGGGAAACCAUCAUGGACCUAAGACAACACGCGAAGCCUGUACCCUUCGGACAAGCGACAUAUGCCCCCCUAGAACGCCGGCUGGAUGUGGCCGUCUUCCGAGCCAUGUUUGCCAGCAGUGCCAGACAGGCCCGCCAGUUUGUGAUUCAUGGGGCGGUGACAGUCAAUGGAAAGAAGAUGAGAUACCCCGGUUAUCUGCUUAACCCCGGCGACCUCUUCCAAGUCGAACCCGAGCGUGUCAUGUUUGCUACCGGCGCCCCGAAGGACAAGCACGACCGUCGUGAGAUACGCCAUGCUCAGAAGAAGGAAGCCGCAGAGAAGGAAGCUGCAGAGAAGGCAGCCGCCGAGGAGGAGGCCGCAACCGAGGAGUCUAAGGAAGAGGAAGAGACCAAGGAGAAACAGCAGGAGAAUCUGUCCCCGCGUGCCACAUUGAGGAAGCUGCUGGGUCAGGCCAAGACCAUCUUGACCAAGGAUCAGGCUGUGCUUCCCGCCAAACGCAAGCAGGAUCUGCGUGGAUUUCAGAAGGCCGUCCGUCGUGUGCUGUCUCGCUCCGAAUCGAGCACCGUCCUGACCGACAACCUGGAGGCCCAAUUCUCCGAGCUGACUCUGCUGCUCAAGGCCAAGAAGAGGCCGUCGAAGAAGACUGAGGAGGAAGUCAAGGCGGAGGAGACUACACCUGCUGAAAGCUCGGCAACCGCCACCGAUGCCACCGAUGCCACCGAUGCCACCAAAGCCACCAAAGCCACCGAAACCACUCCCAGGGAAGCUAUCAAGGCCGCAUCUGAGGCGGACAGCGAAGCACAGCCCGACGACGAGCUGUCCGAGGCGUUCCGCCAGGCUGCCCAAAACCCCGAACGGGAUGUGGAUACCUCUCUGCUGAGUGAGGAGCAGUUCAACAUUCUCCGUCGCGCACUGGUCCAGAUGCGUGAUAACCCGAUCGACCAUUCGAAGCCGUAUGCCACGCCCUGGCGGCCACGGGACUACAUGAAUUGCUUUGCCACGAUCCCGCGGUAUCUGGAGGUGCACCCCAAGGUCUGCGCGGCCGUGUACCUGCGACACCCGGUGGUUCGUCCCGGAGCGUCGGAGAUCCCAUCGCCCUUUGCGACCUCCACGGGCGACCUGGCAUUCACCUGGUACCUGAGACGGCGGUAGACGCCCGAAUCCCUUGUAUUAAUUAGUGUCCUCGUGCGUUUGGUUUGCGUUUCUCUUCGCUGUUCUGCGGGCAUGUUCCACAGUCUUAUAUUACUGGGUCGCUGGUAUGGUUGUUUGUUAGAUCUCCUGCAUUAGGGCCACCGUCAUAUUGCACCGGUGUUGGAGCUGGGAUGAGCACAAUGUAAAUCAAUGAAAUAUAUCCUUUUUCUCCUGUGUUAUCCUAUCUCUGCCUGGUCGACCUGGAUCGUGUGAAUCUAU